UUAACUUGGGUACGCGGACUUUUUCGGCGGGAAAAUUCCUUUAUGUGUGUGCGUGGGGGAAGGGAGCAUUGCGGUGACUGCAGGAUGUUUAGCAGCAUCCCUAGGUCUACUCGCUAGGUAGGUGCCACUAGCACUCCUCCUCCAGUCGUGAUAACCACGUCUUCAGCCGCCCCCCACCCCCUUUGAGAACUUCUGCCUGCCUGCGUCACAUUUUCGCAGAGCCUCUAUUGUAGGCUUCCUGGAGACCUAGACGAGUGUCUUAGUCAACACAGAGCCCCAGGUGCUCAGAGCGGCGUCAGUUUCUGCAAGACCAUAAGCUGAAUGCCUGGAACCCUUGAUAUUUUGCUGUCCCUGGUGCCUGUCGGUGGACUGUCCUGUUAAUUCACCUAGAGUCUGAAGGGGACUGUAUUCCUGCUGGUGAUACAUUUGCAAGCUGUAGUACCUUGGACGAGAUGACAGCCAUCUCCCCGGACCCUCAAACUCUGGCCUCAAGUGAACCAAACAAGGUCCUAAGAAUGGAUACUCCUGGGGAUCAAGAAGCUAUCCGGAGAGGAGACGCGACUGACCCAGAGACUUUUAGACAGAGGUUCAGGUGGUUUUGUUACUCAGAAGUGGCUGGACCCAGAAAAGCCCUGAAUCAGCUCUGGGAGCUCUGCAUUCAGUGGCUGAGACCAGACAUCCAUACGAAAGAACAGAUUUUAGAGCUUUUGGUGUUUGAGCAAUUCCUGACCAUUUUGCCUGGGGAGAUCAGGAUAUGGGUAAAGUCACAACGUCCUGAGAGUAGUGAGGAAGUAGUGACCCUCAUAGAGGAUUUGACCCAAACACUUGAAGAAAAGGAAGAUCCAGCCUCUCAAGAGUCUGUUAUUUCUGAAGAGGAGAACCCUGAAGAAAAUAAAAUGGUUUCUGUCCUUCCAAGUGCUGAGUCCCGGGAGUCCAUAACAUUCAAGGAUGUGGCUGUGAACUUUUCCAGAGGAGAGUGGAGAAAACUGGAGCCUUUUCAAAAGGAGCUCUUUAAGGAAGUGCUACUGGAGAACUUUAGGAACCUAGAAUUUUUGGGCUUUGCAGUUUCCAAAUUAGAUUUGAUUUCCCAGCUUAAGUGGGUUGAACUGCCAUGGCUGCUGGAAAAAGAAGUCUCAAAAGGCUCCAGACCAGAGUGUGAACCUAGAGGUGAAUUGAAGGAAUCCUUUCGAAAUCAAGAUGCUCUCCUGGAUGAAUCAACUUUAAAUAAAAUAAUAGAAAGAUGCCUAAUGGGUGGGGAUCAUGGCUUAAUGGGAGAAUCCCGGAAGCGUAGCAGUAAGGAAUAUUCACAAGGCGCAGUCACACAAAAGAAAACUCAUGGGAGAGGCAGUAAGGGUGAGGAAUUUGAUCCAGAUAAGAGCCCCUUUGGAAGUAAUUUCAAACAAACCUCGGACAUAAUUAAACAUCUGAGAGUCUACUUAAGGAAGAAAUCUCGGAAGUAUAAUGAAUGCAAGAAACCCUUCAGUUUUCAUUCAGACCUUAUGAACCGCAAAGAACACACUGGAGAAAAGCCACGGAAAUGUAACGAAGGCAGGAAAGCCCUAGGUCACUCUUCAUCUCUUACUGAACAUCAGAAACAUCAGAAAAUGGGGAGGAAUUUGGGGAGGAAGGCCCAGAAAUGCAGUAACUGUGGGAUAGCCUUUACACGAAGCUUGUCCCUUACUAAGAGAAGAAACUGCACUAUAUGUGAAAAAUGUUGGAAAAAUCUACAUCAAGAUGCAUCCUCAGAUAAAGAUGAGGGAGCUGAGAUGGGAGAGAAGACCCACAAAUGUAGCAAAUGUGGAAAAGCCUUCGGCUAUAGUGCCUCCCUGACCAAACAUAGGAGAAUUCACACAGGGGAAAAACCCUAUAUGUGCAAUGAAUGUGGAAAAGCUUUCAGUGACAGUUCAUCCCUCACGCCACAUCACAGAACUCAUAGUGGAGAGAAACCCUACAAAUGUGAUGAUUGUGGAAAAGCUUUCACCCUGAGUGCCCACCUCAUUAAACAUCAGAGAGUUCAUACUGGAGAAAAACCCUACAAAUGUAAAGAAUGUGGGAGACCCUUCAGUGACAGUUCAUCUCUUAUUCAACAUCAGCGAAUUCAUACUGGAGAAAAACCCUACACGUGUAACAAUUGUGGAAAGUCCUUCAGUCACAGCUCAUCCCUUUCCAAACAUCAGAGGAUUCAUACUGGAGAGAAACCCUAUAAAUGUGGUGAAUGUGGAAAAGCCUUUAGACAGAAUUCUUGCCUUACUCGACAUCAGAGAAUCCACACUGGAGAAAAACCCUAUUUGUGUAAUGACUGUGGGAUGACUUUCAGCCAUUUUACAUCUGUCAUUUAUCACCAGAGGCUUCAUUCGGGAGAAAAACCCUACAAGUGUACCCAGUGUGAGAAAGCCUUCCCUACCCAUUCGCUCCUCAGUCGUCAUCAGAGAAUUCAUACUGGUGUAAAACCUUACAAAUGUAAAGAGUGUGGAAAAUCUUUCAGUCAGAGUUCAUCUCUCAAUGAACAUCAUCGAAUUCAUACUGGAGAGAAGCCCUAUGAAUGUAACUACUGUGGAGCAACCUUCAGCCGCAGCUCAAUCCUGGUAGAACACCUAAAAAUUCAUACCGGAAGGAGAGAAUAUGAAUGUAACGAAUGUGAAAAGACAUUUAAGAGUAACUCAGGCCUCAUCAGACAUCGGGGAUUUCACUCUGGAGAGUAGUUCUUGAAAUACUGUAAGGGGGUGCGGGUGGGGGGUGGGGGUGGUGGAAUCUCACCAAAUUGUCCCUUAUUAAAAACCUGGGGUGUAAACUACCACAGCCUUGAUCUGCAGCCACAACUUUGAUGGGUUGGCAGCUAGGAAAAACACUUUUUCCCAUGCACACUUCUUUGGCAAAUCCUAAUUUGGGUUGGUCAAGUCACAUUGAAAGUGAAGAACGCAGGCGAGAUGGGCAAUGAUUCUAAAAGGCCAAAUGCAGAUUUAAAAAGCAAGAAGCGGUGCACAAGACCCACUUAACCAUUUCUCUUCAAGAGGUUUCUCUUAGCUUCUAGCAAGAACUGGUCGAAUUCUGUUCCAGUUUGCCAACAACCUCGCUAUAUCACCUUGGGGCAUGUCAUUUGCCCUUUCUAAAUUUGAGUUUCUUUACUGGUACAACGAAGUGGCUGAGGCUCAUGAUUUCUGAGUUUACCUCUGAUCCUCUCUGAAGCUGUGGGAAUAAGCUAAACACUUGGCUCGUUGGAAUUUUCAAGUUUCUGUGGUAGGAAAUUACUCAAGAGCCUGAGCUUCUAGCAUAGUGAGAACGAAGUAUGCUCUUGGAAUACUUGAUGCCAAAUCCCUAGACUGUCAGCAGGAACAAGUCAGUGAAGCUCACGCAGGUGUGUUUUCAGGGAGCGUUUUAAUUGGACAAAGUCUCCCAACCUGUUUUUUCCUCUGGACUUUGAGUAAGGGGCUUAGGAAUCUAGAGGGCAUGCGUGGGAGCCAUCUCAGCCAUGAGAGUACCAGUCCUCGGAAAAUAGGUUGGGGGCUGGGGAGGGGGUGGUAGGGGAAGAAAUGGGUGCUGAAAGCAGAGCUAUUCUGGAUGGAUUGUCUUUUGCAAAACAGAAUUAUAUUUUUUUAAAAGUUUGCUUAUAGUAAGUAUAGCUCCUUGUAAUUGGAGUGCAAACAUUGUGUAUGGCAAAGGUCACGAGCUAAGAAUGGGCCAUUUGAUACGGUUUUGUUGGUCUGCACGAUAAGGGGUGUGUGUAUGUGUGUUGGUGGAGUUGUCACCGUUUAAAAAUUAGAUUUCAUAUUUAAAAAAAUAAAGGCUUGCCCUGAAAAAUUGCAAGGGGUGACCACACUGGCCCAUAUUUCAGUGGAGUAGUCAGCUGGUUUGGGGUGGUGCCUGCUGCCUUUACAUGGGGAAUCCACUCUUCUACUUGCCAAGUUCUCUCGUUUAUAGGACCUGACUUGCCCACUAUAGGAACUUGAUACUAUGAUCCUCUACCAUCUGGAGAAUGCAGACUCUAAAGUCUAAAGAGACUCUAUUGAUACUGAUAUUCAGGAAAAGAAUGUAGAAAUCAAAAAAAUAA